AUGGUGUUAAAAACAGCGCUCCCCUUUUCAGCCCUUCUGCUCCUUGCUCUUGCUGGGCAGAAAGUCUCCGCAACGAGGCUUUCGUUUUGUUGCAGCGACGAUGACUGUGGCUCGGCCAUGGAAUGCAACAAUAUUCCUGCCGAUUGCGACAAAAACGAUUUCAACAGUGGUUCCUGUGGACUGAGACUCCGUGGUUGCUUUGCCAGAGAAAUGACGUUGGAUGUUCAUGGCCAAGGGCCCACCGCCAUGGAGGACUUGCAAGUGGGGGAUCUGGUACGGACAAGAGACAAUAAGUUUGAACCGAUAUAUGCAUUUGCACAUUGGGACGAAUCAAGCACAACCAAUUCCUAUUUGGAGAUUACAUAUUAUGAAUCAUCGAUGAACGAUGGCGAGCUGAAGGUGACACCAGACCAUUUGCUGCAUCUGGCCUCAGGUCACCUCAUAGCAGCCGAUUCAGUUCGUGUUGGAGAUAGUCUCCAUGGUCCCGGGAAUACAACGAUGACUGUAGCUCAAGUGCAGAAACUGCAAGAGGCAGCUGGUCUUUAUGCUCCGCUGACUCCGUCUGGGACACUGUUGGUCAAUGGUCAUGUGGAGACCUCCUGCUACAUCUCCUUCCAAGAUGGCCUCCCUGAACACAUACUUCUUGGCUCCUCGUCCGAACUACACACAAUGCUAUCUCAGCACUGGUUUGCUCACUUGACGCUGAGUCCCAUCCGCUUGUUAUGCCUUGGUGUCUCGCCCAAGAUCUGUCACAACGGCUGGGUCAUCUCGCCUGGAAGUGGAUAUGCGUGGUUCACACUCAUUGGAUUUGCAUUGAUGGACUUUCUUGAGAGUCAAAAUUGCUUGGUUGUCCAAGUGAUCCUUAUGGGCAUGUUCCUUGUUGUCUUUGGGGCCUUCUGGGUCAUUGAAUCCAUUGCAGGUGCUAUUUAUGCUCCAUCUCUUACUGUUGCCAUGAUUCUACUGAUGGGGAUGUGGCGUCGUGGUUGUUUUCGAAGUACAUGUAAGACAGAGGGCGAGAAGGAGUUCAGUCUGCUAUACGGUAGAUACCGUUUGAAGGGCGAAGAGCCAAGUUAG